AUGGUCUUUCCGGCCCCGCGGACCGGAAGUUUCGGCGGGCGCCCCGCCCCACUCCCCCGCGCCCCGGAAGUGAUCUGGGGCGGCUGCUGCAGAGCGGCCGGGAGGAGGGUGGGUCUCCCCAGAGCGGAGUGCCGGAGUCCUCCUCCUCCGCCGCCCAGGCCGCCGCCGCCCUCCGGACUCCUGCCGCGCCCCGCGCGGAACUCCGAGUGCAGUGCCGAGCGCGGCCCGGUCGGCACAGCCGAGGCCCGAGAGCCCGCGGGGCGAGCAGCUCGCGGUGCAGGUGAGCGCCCGCGGGCUGGGGAGGCCGGGCCGCGGCGGGGGUGUGUCCGACGGGCCUGGCCCGCGGCCGCCGCGAUGCACGUCCCGCCAGUCGCCCGGGCUAGAACCUGUCUGCGCCCCGACAGCGGGCGGCCUCUCGGGAAGGUCACCUGCAUCACGCCGGUGACUCCCAGGGCCGCGCCCGGGCGGUGCCCGCGACCUGGGGCCGCCGCAGCCGCAGUCCCUGCGCCGCACUCCACCCCUGGCCUCCCUCGCCUUCAAUCCACUCCUUGCCGGUACAGAGCAGCUGCUUUUCAAGCUUCUCCGCCAGGGUUUGGUGCCAGUUAA